CCACCACAACUCGACCGUUUUCCCCUCUCCACGCUCUCCUCUCUCUCUUUUUCUCUGCGGAAAAAAGAUGGAGGCCCUUUGCUAUGAACUCCUCCUCUGAUCAUCUGAGCCAAUAAGGUCUCUGAAAUCAACUAAAGAAAAGAAACAUUCUUAGGGUUCUUCUUGGAUUUUCUUUUCCGAUAUGGGUUGUUUUCUUGGAUGCUUUGGUGGUGCAAAGGAUCGCAGGCGCCGGAAGCAGAGGGUUAAUCGGGCCAGCCCUCAACGCCAGGGAAGUCGAGUUCAGAAUGUUCAACAGGAGAGUGUAAUCACUGCGGAGCAGACUGUCGCAGAAACAACUCCCACCAACUUGGUUUCAGAGUUGCGAAAUAAACCUGAGGGAGUGGAGCAACUGAGUCCAAGCCCCAAAAAAAGAGUUACAUUUAACUCAAAUGUCACAACGUACGAGCAUGUUCCAGUCCAUGAAAGUAUUGAUUCUCUGCCAGAGUGUAUGGAAAAUGUUGAGAAAGAAGAGGAGGGUUUGAAAGCAUCAAGUCAAUCUCAUUCAUCUCAACCAAUAUCUGAAGAUGACAAUUCAGUCACAUCCAGUGUUGGAUCAUAUCCUCCCAAUCAUAGGUACCAUAAUGCCAGAGACAGUGAUGAUGAAGCUGCAGAGUAUGAAGAUAGUGACUUUGAUGAUUUGGAUGAUUCGGAUGAUGAAGGCGAUUAUGAUGAUGAAGAUAUUGAUGUUAGGAUUGCUGGCCAAGAAGUGUGGUCUGAAUCAGUUUUGACUGCAUCAAUGGAGUCUAGGACAGGAAAUCCUUCAUCACAUGCCAUUGAUGAGGAAGUGGAGAGCCCAAUUGUGAAACCUCAGCUGCCUGAUGAGGAUGUCAAGGCAUUUGGAUCAAAACCUAAUGCCAGAGACAGAAGUGAUUAUAUUAAUUCAGUGCUGAACCCUGUGGAGAAUAUUACUCAGUGGAAAGCCGCAAAGUCAAAAGGGACACAUGUAUUGAAGCCACAGAAGGAGAACUUGACUGCAAACUUUGAGGCACCUCGUAUAUCUUUUAGCUCAGAUCCACCAUUGGUCCAGGCACCAUUCAGUUUCAAAACACAACUGAAAAAUUCAAAUCAAGAAAUACCGGUUGAUGCAAGUCUCUCUAAUUGGUUGGUUUCUCCUGAAAUCACGCCCCCCAAGAAGACUAGUUUCAGUGCCCUUGAGACGAUUACAUCUGGACGGACCAUGUCAGAAGGGUGUCCUUCUGUGAGGAGCUUUGAGGACCGACCAAUUUUAGGAGCACUGACAGUUGAGGAGCUAAGGCAAAUUUCACCGUCUCCCUCCCCAAGAAAGUCUCCUAGCCGAAGCCCUGAUGAUAUGCCCAUUAUAGGCACAGUUGGGACCUAUUGGAAUCAUUCAGGUUCGGCAAAGCGCUCCAAUUCAGCUUCUUCUUUUAAGGGCAUACCAAACACAACCAGCAAGUACAGAGAGGAUAAGAGAGUUAAUUGGCACUCUACUCCUUUUGAGACAAGAUUGGAUAGAGCUCUCAACCGAGGUGCGUCUGAAGCUUGAUUCUAUUUGAGAGCAUUUCGGAGAAGUUUGUGAGAUGUUCUUUGGCUAUUUCUUCAUGUCUGUAUUUCCAAUUUAUGAGAAGUUUUCUACUGUUUGUGAAUUCUACUUUGUCUUGUAUGCAUAUUUAAUUGAUUUGUUGUAUUUUUCUGUAUCAUUAGACAUUGUAAUAUAUUGCAUAUGAAAUGAAUUGGUUGAUUGGAUUGAA